CCUUCUCUCAGUCGGAAUCCUAUCAAGCAUUUGUGCUCUCGCCAAGUUGGAAUACUUGGAUCUAUCCCGCCAUCCAUGGGUAAUUGUACAAAACUAACCCAUCUUGAUCUCUCCUAUAAUUUUUUGUCGCAAGGAUCCAUUGGAAGCAUAAGAAAUCUAACGAGUUUACAUUACCUAGAUCUUUCCAACAAUCAAAUAAAUGGUUUCCCUUCGACCAUUUUGAAAUUAGCCUCUCUAACAACACUGGAACUUGGAUCCAAUCAACUUAAUGGUCUAUUACCACCAGAGUUAGGAUCACUUGUUCUUCUCUCACAUCUGAAUCUUUCCAACAACCGGAUCAUGGGUUCCAUUGGAAGCAUAGGAAAUCUAACAAGUUUAGAAUUCUUGGAUCUUUCUAACAAUCAAAUAAAUGGUUCCAUCCCUCCAACCUUCUGGAAAUUUAUCUUAGUUACAACACUGUCACUUGAUUCCAAUCAGCUUAAUGGCCUAUUACCGCCAGAGUUGGGAUCACUUGUUCUGCUCACAGAUCUGAACCUAAGUAGCAACCUAUUUCUAGGAAAUAUUCCACCUGAGAUAGGACAUUGCCACCUUUUAUCAUCGUUAAUCUUAUCAGACAACUUAUUGACAGGAGAAAUACCACAAGAACUUGGGUAUCUCACCAAUAUAUAUGAGCUAGAUUUGAGUAGAAACAAUUUAAGUGGUGCCAUCCCAACGACUUCUUCUAAUCUUACGCAACUGUAUAGACUAAAAUUAUCAUAGAACUAUUUGGCUGGCAGAGUUCCAUCUACCGCUGCAACAUUGAUCUCACUUGACCAUAAUAUAGAUUUAUGCGGCGAUUCCUAUGACUUAAAACCGUGUGAAACACCGAAGCUCAACAUGGAACACCUAAACAGAAAACAUUCACGUAUGAUACUUCUUGUUUUUUUGCAUCCUUUUCCUUCGCUUGCCUCUUAA